CAGAAACAUGCACUUUUACUCACUCAGGAGUUCUUUAAUACUCUUUGUGUUACUCCUCUGUAUCUCAGAUUCUGAGAGCCUGAAGACACUGAAGAAUUUAGCUGUAAAACGUGGAGGAUCUCUCAGUAUUCCAUGUUUCUAUGAUGAGAAAUACAAAUCAAACCGUAAAUACUGGUGUAAGGGGUAUUACUGGUCCACCUGUACAAUAGUAGCCUCUACAAACACAAGUGGAAGAACAUCAGUCACUGAUCAUCCAACCCAGAAUAUGUUUACUGUGGAACUGAACAGCCUCCAAGACUCUGACUCUGGAUAUUAUUGGUGUGCUGUGGAAAUUGGUGGGUUAGGGACCCCAGAUGACAAGGAUUAUAUGUACCUGACAGUCAGUGCAGGUCCUGCUGUGUCUGUGAUAAACAGUAGAGUGAGUGGUCAGGAAGGGGGCAGUGUCAGUGUCCAGUGUCUCUACAGUGCUGAAUAUCAGAAUAAACAGAAGCAGUGGUGCAGAUUUAAAGACUGGAGCUGCUACACAGUGGGGAGGACUAACACAUCCCAGAAUUCAGCAGUGCUGGUCAUUGACUAUGGAAAUGGAUCUUUUAGUGUGGAGAUGAGGGGUCUGCAGAAGAGUGAUGCUGGCUGGUACUGGUUCAGUGCAGGAGAUGUGGGGGUUACUGUUUACCUCACUCUUACUAGACAACCUUCAGAUUCUACAACUGUGAGUGGAAAUACAGAGACAGAGCUCAAUGGAAAUACCAUGGUCAUCUGGAUCCUACUGGCUGUAGGGCUGGGGCUGCUGCUGAUUCUGGCCACCAUUAUAACCUGCAUGCUGAGAAAAAAGUGCAAUGGAAAUCAAAUAGAGACCAGAAAAAGGACACUUACGACUGAAAGCCCAGUGACAUACAGUGCUGUGAUUUCUAAGAAUAAAAAGGCUUCAUCUGUAUUGGAUCAUGAAAAUGAUGUGAUCUACAGCAGUGUAACCACAACUACCAAAAAGAAAACUGUAAGUGUAAAAUACAGCCAUCAUCACCGGCAACAGCUCUCUCAGGCAGUUGGAGAUGAUGCAGUGAUCUACAGCUCUGUGGUUUCGGAGUACAAGGUGUAAGCAAGUGUGUUUCUGGAAAUAAUCCCUGGCCAGAUCCCUUACAAAGAAGAAAGAAGUGCAAUGCAAGUCAUCUGACAAUGGAAUUUGUACUGUACAUUAGGAGGCUUUUAUGAUGAAAAUGUCUUCAUUCCAAGACUUUAACUUUAGGUUUUUUCUUCCUGCUUAUUCACACCAUUUCUACCCAUAAAAAACUUACCUUUCAGAAGUACCUGCAGGUGCACUGCAUAUACGUAUGAAAACUUAAAGGAAUGUAUUGUUGAAAAUUCAAAUUAACACAGUUUGUCACUUACCUCAGAUGUCGUCGAUCAGCCAAGACAAGUUUGGUGUCCAAAUGUUGCUUCUUUAGUUUAGCGCUGGAGCUACAAGGUUAAUAUUGCUAACAAACGCUGAAAGUCAAUAGUCACCCAAAUCUUUUUCAUAAAUAUACCCUCAAAAUGUCUCUCAACCCCUUCAAAGCACAUCUAGAUCUUCAUUAAAGUUGUAAAGAUUUGUCGAUGUGGUUUAGGACACAGAAUGACUUGCUGUGAGUUAUGAAAAUGCACAAAACCUCCUCAUGUAGACAUCCACUUUACAGGUGUCAUGCCAACUACCCCACAAAAUCCAACUUCUACUGUUUGUUAGCAAUGUUGGCCUUGUAGAUUGAGCACUAAACUAAAGAGGCAAAAUUUGGGCACCAAACAAUUCUCGGCUCAUUUAUUAAAUCAGGUGUCAGUGGAACAUGUGCUGUUUGCAAGUGUAUUGUUUAAAUAUUUGUUGUGACGUUGUAUGUUUGGAGUUUCUCACUCUUACAGUGUUUUUACACCAGGCAGUGCAGUGCAGUACAGUACAUUUACAAAUUUGUGAUCAUACAAUGCACCUGGGUAGUGAUGCUGAGUUUACUCUUCUCAUUGGGGGACUGGGAGUUGAUUCUAAAAAGAAUCAAUUCUUUGAUUCCAGACAUUCAGGAAUCAACAGUCGACUUUGGACUCGAUUCCACACAGUGAUGUUUAAGUUUGUCCACACUCACACACAUACAGAGUGAGAGAUGUUCUGCGGUCACUGUCUAGACUGCCUGUCUGAAAAUGCAGCCUUCCACAGCUCACACAUCAAGAGUCCAGCUGUAUUUUGCUUCAGAGAAUGUGGAAAACAGAGUAACGUGUAAUAUUUGUAAUGAAAAGUCAAACAGCACUGCCAGUGGCAAAACAUCUACCCACCUGAAAGAGUUGACAGAGGAGACUCAGGUGCAGUUUAGUCAGCCUUGCUAAGGUCAAAAAUAUUUAACUCUGUACUCUAUAUUUUUGCCAAAUGUGUUGGUUUUUGAAAUUGAGAUUAUUGUGUGGAAUCGAUUCUUUGAACAGGCCUGCACUGUUGUACCAAGUGUGCCGAGCUACAACAUAUGGGUUGAGCUUGUAAUGGUCCAAACCGCAGUCAACAGAGUCACACAGUGUUGUUGGAGUCAGACAACCAUUAUUUAAAACAACAACAAUAACAAAAUCACUAUAGCUAGAAUCGCUGUCUGUGACUCUUAAACAAAAUCAAAUGCAGAGUAAAAGGUAACUCAAAGUUAUUGUUGUUACUGUUGUUUGUGGUCACUGUUAACUUUAGAUUCACAUCAGAAAUCAUGUAACUGUAGAAGUUAGAGAACAUCUCCUAUUUUCACAUUUCUAUUAAGCAACGGGAAACAGACACAGAUACUCAACCAGGGUACAUAGUUCUGAGUUUGGAUUAGUAAAUGUACCCUGCUGUGCUGCACUGCCCGGUGAAAAAAACACCAUAGGUGACCCUUUCCUACACUCCUCCCUCCAGUUGAAUCUGUAGCACCAUACAGUCUAGAAAUUUCUGCAUCCAGGAUGUGAAAAUAUAGGCCAUUCUUGUAAUGGACAUGUCCAUGGGGAGUGGAUGUUGUACUCUGUGCUGGAGUUCCCAGAAGUGUCAUCAGUGUUUACUUUUAAUCCUAAUAAUCUGUAAAAUGCUGUAAUAAUCAAUGCAGAAUAUUUUCUGCAUUGUUUUUAACUUGUGAUUUAGAUUAUAGUGCAGUGUGUUUUUUAUCAGUGUGCAGUUUGUGCAGUGUGUUUUUUAGCAGUGUGCAGUUUGUGCAGUGUGUUCUUAGU